UCUUGUAGGUUGUUCAAGUCGGUAGCACCAGCAUCCGCACGAAUGCUUGGACGCUCACGCACGGUUACUACGCCACCAUGGGCGGCUUCGUUCUCGAUUCUUCAUCGACCCCCGUCUUCGGCACAGAAACGCAACUCGUCCUCUCUCCAGCUAUGAUGGCCGUCAUGAUGAAACACGCUCCUGACAUCAUCCCCGACAUCUCAGAAGAUCACAUCCGGCGGCAGAGCAAGUCGAACGCGCUCGCCAAAGCGCUGCUUGUUCUGCAGCUCAUCUACUUCUCCGCCUCCUGUGUCGCGCGCCUUGUGCAGGAAUUGCCACUCAGCCUCCUCGAGGUCUGGACUCUUGCUCACGCACUCGGCGCGAUCCUCGUGUACGUUGUCUGGUGGAAGAAGCCGUUCGACAUCCCGGAGGCAACACUAAUUAUGGGGGAGAGAGCGCGUGAACUGGCAGCUUAUUUCCAGGUGAUCGGCCAGCCGAUGAUACCAGUUGUCGCUGGAGUCUAUCCUUUAUCUGGCUAUGUUGAAAGCGCCUAUCUUACGAUCACCCCUUGCGAGCUCUCGGAGGAUAGUGGGAACGCCUCUGAGAGGGAGCAGGAGACGCUCACAUUACUCCCCGGUCAGUCUAUCCACGUUGAGGGUUACACCUUCGCUAUCAACGCCAAGAAACUGGAUCCCAGCAAUCGCCGCAUAUUUGGAACAACCCAUUGUCCGUGGCACGCUCGGAGGCGUGGCCCAGAUGGCAGUGUCUCGCUUAGCAGGACCGACAUCUUGCGGUGGCGGCUUGCUGCACGUGCUGCUACACGGAUAGGCGGGGUCUGGUGGCACGAGGACGCAAUUUGCUACACAAAAGCAGGUGGAUUGGAGGCAUCUGAGGGUAUCCCAGCGUCCCGCAUUCAUCCCAGCUUAUGCGCUUUCGUCGCUCUCAUGACUACGUACGCACUACCGCAUUUCUUGGGCUGGAAUGCCGUGUUCCCGACACUUGUCGAGCGCACGAUGUGGCGUGUAGCAUCCAUCGUGGUGGGAGCCUUCCCCAUUACCAUUUAUGGUAUCUAUGCUCUCAUUCCCAGCGAUCCCUCCACUUUCCCCGGGAGUAUCGCAGGGUUUUUGCUGUUGGCUGCAUUUAUCGCUGUGUACAUCGUUUCGAACGUGUUUCUCCUCAUUGAGAGUCUCAGACAGCUCCCCGACCUCCCUGAUGGUGCAUUUCUGCUUCCAAAUUUCUCAGUAUAUUUCCCCCACUUCGCAUAGCAUCCUCCACAUUUCACAUGGCAUCCUCCACAUCUCUGUACUAUUUAUUGUGUCUCAGAGUCGCUGAAUUCUGUCUCAGGACCGCUGUGCAGCUUU